AGAGAGCGCGUGCGCCGAGAACGCAGCCGCAAAAUAGCAAAAAAAAAAAGUGGCAGAAAAAAAGCAAAACGAAACGAAAAAAAUAAAAUAAAGCAGCCGCAGCAGUCAGACGUAGUUCAGCUUUCCACGACGACGCGCAACAAACAAACUACCUAAAGAAAAGCGAGAAAACCCAAUGAAACGCAGCGGCCAAGAAGAGACACAACUCAGAAGGCGUAGGAAAAUCGAAACAUUGAAAAUUGAACAAAAAAAGAAGCAAGCGAAAUGCUUUCAAAAUUGUUGCUCAGCCGAAAAUAAUACUCCUGCUGAAACAGUUUAAACAGUCUUAUUUUUUUCCAAGUGCAAAGAAAAGUGGAAAACACUCUGUGUGUGUGUAUGUGUGUGUAUCUGAAAUUCACUUUAGUUUGUUGAAUGUUUCACACGCAUUUUGCAGCAACAAAUUCGCGGAUCGCAGCCGGGGAAAACCAUAUAGAAAAGUAUCUGCAAGUGCAGACGGAUAGUAUAUGGGGUCAAGACUAGAAAACGUAACUGAAACCGAAAACGAAACCGAAUAAUCUAAUCUCAAAUGCGUAUUUUUGUUUUGUUUUUUCCCUGUUAAACCCCCCAACAAUCCAAUCCAAUCCAAUCCAACUCAAUCCAACCCAACCCCCGUGUGUCUGCCUUUUACCCAAAAAAAAAAAAAUAAGAUAAAGAGAGGAUGUGCAUCCAUUUCAUUGUGUAAUGUGACAAAUCAACACAAAAAAAUACGAAAUAUAUAUAUAAAACCAAAUCAAAAGUUAUGUAAAAUUGUCCAAUUCGAAGUGCACGCAAUUAGCAUUUAAUUGUGCGAACCAAACUAUAUAUUACAACAAAAAUCUGAAUAAUUAGACAGCGGCGGUGGCGACAACAACAGUAAUACAAUAGCAACAACGCGGCAUUCAACAACAAUCCAUAACAACGCCAACGCGCGACUCAGGGCGGCUAUCCGGCGCGUCUGAAGAAGGUGCUGAUCGUGACGGCGCCACUGUGGUUCAAGGCACCCUUCAAGAUCCUGCGUCUCUUUGUGCGCGAGAAGCUGCGCGAGCGAGUGUUCACUGUAUCGGUGCCGCAGUUGGCGCUGCACGUGCCGCGCAAGGCGCUGCCCAUUCAUCUGGGUGGCACGCUGGAGGUCGAUCACGCCACAUGGUUGCUCACCUGCCGCCAAUCGAUGACGAAUCGUGAGGACGAGCUGCUGGCCAAUAUUGUGGUUGGUGGUGCUUCUGUUGGCACUGCAGCCACCAGCACCACCAAUGGCACGGACCUAGAGGCCGCCGCCACAGCAACGGGUGCCACGAUAAUCAGUGCCGUCCAUCAACUGGGCGACAACAAUACCACCGUGGUGACGGUCAGCAAUGGCGUGGGUCCAGCUGGAUCAGCAGGAGUAGGAGGAGUAGGAGGAGUAGGCGGAGUAGGAGGAGGAGCAGCAACUGCCGCAGUUGAGCCCAACGAAAACAUCACAAUCAAUGGACUGAGUCCCAGCCACCGCAGCAGUAGCAAUUCCGCCACCACGGCCACAGCCACAGCCACAUCCAAUCCCCUCAAGCUCAACACAAGUGGUGCGGCGGAUAACAACAGCAGUAGCACCACCAACACCACUAGCACCACCAACACCACUAGCACCACCACCACAGUUGCAGGCGCAGCUGGAGCUGCAGCUGGUGCCAGCAGCACCACCACCACCAACGGCGAAUUCUGGUCCGAGAAUCCCCCGAGCAGCGCCUCGUCCGGCUUCAGUGACGACGACAGCCUGGCCGGACAGGAGGGCGACCCCAAGCCCAUCGACCAGAUUGUCCAGAUGGUGAAGGCGCGCGGACGCCAUGGGCUGAUCAAGGAGUACGCGGACAUUCGGAAUAGGGCGCCCGAGGGCACCUUUCUGCAUGCGAGGAUGCGCGUCAACCUGACCAAGAAUCGCUACACAGACGUCCUCUGCUACGAUCACAGUCGAGUGGUGCUGGCACACGAAGACGGCGACGAGCCGUCCGAUUACAUAAAUGCGAAUUUCGUCGAUGGCUACAAACAAAAGAAUGCCUAUAUUUCAACUCAAGGUCCAUUACCAAAGACAUCCCAGGACUUUUGGCGCAUGAUCUGGGAGCAACAUUGUUUAGUUAUAGUAAUGACGACGCGCGUGAUGGAGCGCGGACGCGUGAAAUGCGGCCAAUACUGGGAGCCGACUGAAGAAAGUUCCUUAGAGUUUGGCGACUACCAUGUGCGAACAAUUAGCGUUGAGUGCAACGAGGACUAUAUGGUUGCCUCGUUGGAAUUGAGAAACAUAAAGACUGACGAAAUACGCAAUGUCUCACAUUGGCAGUUUACCAGCUGGCCGGACUAUGGCGUGCCCAGCUCGGCCAUGGCCAUGCUGAACUUUCUGCAGAAGGUGCGUGAGAAGCAGGCGCAGCUGGUGAACGCACUGGGCGACACUUGGGCGGGCCACGCCCGCGGACCGCCCAUUGUGGUGCACUGUAGUGCAGGCAUUGGACGCACAGGCACAUUCAUCACGCUGGACAUUUGCAUAUCGCGGCUGGAGGAUGUGGGCACGGCGGAUAUACGCGGCACCGUGGAGAAGAUCCGAUCGCAGCGUGCCUACUCCAUCCAGAUGCCCGAUCAGUAUGUGUUCUGCCAUUUGGCCCUCAUCGAGUACGCCUAUUCGCGUGGCAUGCUGCAGACCGUCGAUCUGGCUGGCUUCGAUGAGCGUGAACAGGACUCGGAGUAGGAGCUGGGCAGUCUGAAUGGAGCAGAGCAAACAAACAACACUUGUAUACAGAAUAAUUUUAUGUUUUACCUUUGCUAAAAUUGGAGUUGUGUAACUUUUUUCGACUAGAUGUUCGUCCUGUAAUGAUGUGUUAUAUGGAUAUAUUUAUAUAUAUAUAUAUGAUACGAUACGAUACGAUACGAGAUGGAGAGCAACUAUACGAAGCACGAGCAGGAGAGUUGAGAAAGUGUGUAGAGAGUAGAGUAACCAAUUUACGUUAAUCUAUUAUUUUUUUUUUAUAUAUUUAAACAUACCAUGCUAUAGUUGUAUAGCAAAAACAUUUAUAAAUAAACAUUAUUUAAAUUAAAUUUAAACUAAAUGAAAAACAAAUAGCUAAAAAUAAAGAAGAAACAAAAACAGAAAACAAAAAACAAAAAACAAAAAACCAGCAGCAUUAGCAAAAAAAAGGCAAGAAGCAAAACAAAAGUAAAUUAACAGCGAAGAGUGUUUAACCAUGACAAAGUUAACUAGAGUCCGAUGAAGUACGGAGUACAACGAAGGCAAAGGAUCAGGAUGACGAUGAGGAUCAGGAUGAGGACGAGCUGGACUGGACUGGAGGCCAAACCAAAUGAACCGUCCGGUGGAGAGUCAGAAUCAUGGGAGCGGACAAUUCUUGUGCAUUUUCCCCAUCUCAAUACCUACAUCUACCCCCAAAAAAAUGAGUAAUCAAGGAGCAGCGAGCUGCGAAUUUCCUACAAGCAACUAAGCAGCUAGUUUACAUAACUUAUAUAGCAUAUGCCUAGAUCUACGUACCGCAUAUUGGAGUCUAUAUAUAUAGAUAUAUAUAUAAAUACCAGAAGAAAUCAGAUUUAAGCACUGUUCAAUGUUGUUGCAUACGAAAAUAGCCCAAAGAAACCGAAACUGAAGCCCGAAAACCCCCACCCCCCCCCAAAAAAAAAAAAAAACAAAGUAUUCUUCGCCUCCAAGCUGUUAAAUGUGUAAUUUUUGUUGUUAACUUUUUUGUACCCUUUUUUUCUAAUUCUUUACAAAUAUUUAUAUAUAGUGCGAAAUUAAAUGUAUCAUGCAGAGGGAAAAAAAGAGAGACAGAGAGUCAAGUAGUAAAUUUUACUAAAAAUUAUUUUACCAACUAAACACAAAAUAGUUGAAAACGCUUUCUGCGUACUGCGAGUAUUGAAAAGCAAAAAACACAAAAAUAAUAAGAAACAUAUAUAUCUAACAUGCCUUCUUUCCUACAUUUUUCAUAUGCCGAGCGAAUCCAAAAAAAAGGUAUAAUAAUCGUAAUGAAAAUAAAUGAAGGAAAAAAACCAAAACAUAUUUUGUAUUACUUUUUUAAAUAACAAGGAGAUCUAUAUGAAAUUAUGAAUCAAGUCAAAAGAAUGGCAGCUUUCUCGAACCAGAAGUAAACUGAAAACGAAAACGAAAUAUUAAGUGUAGUUAUGUGUAUGUAUUGUCGGACAGAAUGCAUUUUCUUCGUGCAUCUUUGCGAAAGUAUUAUAAAUAUUUACAUAUAUAUAUAUAUA